UGGAUGAAUUAUUAGAAUUGUGGAAUGGAUAUGUUAUACCAAUCUCAACAAAAUUUUUGAAUGGAAAAAGAAUUAGGUUAGCUGUCAUUUGCUGCUCAAAUGAUAUUCUGACUGCUAGAAAAUUAUGCAGUCAUAUAUCAGCAUUAAUUGGCUGCUAUCAAUGCUACAAACGUGCAAAUAUAGGAGGUAGAAAACUAAAUUUUGAAAUGCUGAAAGAUAGCAGCAACGCAAAACAAAAAAUGAAAGAAAGCAGCAUAUUUCUGAUACACACUAUUGCUCAUUAG